AAGCUGCUCGUAUGGAGACAGACCGACCCAAGAAGGAGACUCUGGCGGACCUGGUGCUCGAGUUCCUUGAGGCUGCUGUGCACGAGUUUCUGUGCGUUAAAUGGGAUAUUUCAUCUGGCUGUUGGUGGUGUGCUCAAAAUCUCAAGUGCAAGUUGAAUUGUUGGCGUUUGACGCUGUUGUAGGUUCACGUGGCAAGUGUAUCCCAAAGACUCUUUUGAGAAGCGCGUGCUGUACGAUGUCCCGAUCCACAUGAGCCGCCACCCGCUGCUGUGCGAAUACAUCCACUCCAUGUUGACCGGAUGUCGCACGUGGCUGGUAAAAGGAGAAUUGGAGAAGCUCUGCGUGGUCCUUCUCUCUAAGGAUGGAAGAACGACCGAGACGCUUGUGAUCGAGCCUGGGUGGAGUGAAACGUUCACUGAAGAAGCAGGAAAUGAAGAGGACUAUCGGCUUCCGCUAGUGCAGCUUGAAGAAGCUCUCCGAGCAGGAAUGGUGGCAUUAGUGGCUGCUGCAGCCUCAAAUAAAGGCGAACAAACAGCCAGCAAUAAGCCGCAUACGUUUCGAAUUCUGGCACAGACAGUGGAAGACGCUACUUGCCGAGGAACUGCCAUCAAUGACGACACUGUCAGCAACUCAUGGGUGCUGGCAGAUCCUUUCUGGUGCGAGGACCAGAAGAAGCAGAAGGGCAUUUUCCCAGUCAAAUCCAUCCACGCAGACGCUUUCCCUAUCCGCCUCAACCUGUACAUAGAGAAGCAGGAACCAGAGUCAGCGAUGAUCGAUAAGCUGUAGCCAUUCUAACAAUGCACCUUACACUUCAAGAGGA